UCAUUGGUGUGUGUGCGGGAAGCCAAAACCUCCAAGUCCAGCGUGAAGCAAGGCUCCGAAACCCAGGGGGGUGCAGAACGGGAAGAGUCGCCCCGCCCUCACCCAGCCCAGUGGAGGACAGCGCUUCCCCUUCGAAGGCAGGGUGAGCCGCAGCCGCCUGAAGUUCGCUCCAACUCGGGAUCUCAGAGCGGAGACGCCAGCAUCCCACACCUCCCUAAACUCUUCCAGUCCGAGAUCGCUCCGACCGGGAUGGGCGGCAGGAUCUGGCUGCCAUUCCCAGUGCUCUUCCUGGUCGUUGUGCCGCCAGCGCUGCUGCGGGGGGCGGCCGGCUUCAAGCCCUCUUUGGACAGCGACUUCACCUUCACGCUCCCGGCGGGCCAGAAGGAGUGCUUCUACCAGCCCAUGCCCCUGAAGGCCUCGUUGGAGAUCGAGUACCAAGUUUUAGAUGGAGCAGGAUUAGAUAUUGAUUUCCAUCUUGCCUCUCCAGAGGGCAGAACCUUAGUUUUUGAGCAAAGAAAAUCAGAUGGUGUUCACACUGUAGAGACUGAAGUUGGUGACUACAUGUUCUGCUUUGAUAAUACAUUCAGCACCAUUUCUGAGAAGGUCAUCUUUUUUGAAUUGAUCCUGGAUAACAUGGGAGAAGAGGCUCAAGAACAAGAAGACUGGAAAAAAUAUAUUACUGACACAGAUGUGCUGGAGAUGAAACUGGAGGACAUCCUGGAAUCCAUCAACAGCAUCAAGUCCAGACUAAGCAAAAGUGGCCACAUACAAACUCUGCUUAGAGCAUUUGAAGCUCGUGAUCGAAACAUACAAGAAAGCAACUUCGAUAGAGUCAACUUUUGGUCUGUGGUUAAUUUGAUGGUCAUGGUGGUGGUGUCAGCAGUUCAGGUUUAUAUGCUGAAAAGUCUAUUUGAAGAUAAGAGAAAAAGUAGAACUUAAAACUCCAACAAGUGUCACUUAACAUUGAAAAAAUAAGAGGUAGAAAAUUCUAAUACACUGUUACAGUCAAGAUCAUUAGUAGUCUUUACCAUAACAUUUUCAGAAAUUAAGUGUAAGAUAAGUAAAAUUUCUACUUUAGUAGAAAAGUCCUCAUUUUAUGUCCAGAUAACAUUGACCCAUUAUACACUUAUGUAUACAACAGGAUAUCAUACAAAAUUUGAAUUCAGUUAAAUUAAGCCAUAUUAACUAUUUUUCUAAGUUUAAAAAUCUUUCCCAAAUAUCAUAUAUGAAUUAAAUAAAUGGACAGUGUUCAUAAACACACCACCUGUUUGCUUUUACCCACAACUUUCUCUGUAAAUGUGGCGUUCUGAUAUUAGGUUACAAAUCACUUGAGAAUUAUAUAAUUAUGGACUGAAUAAUCAUUUUUCUCAAUUACAUCUCUCAAAAAAAGUAAAUAGAAGUAUAUCAUGGAAAUAAUAUUUUUAAGAUUUUUCUUUUUGUUUUGUUGUUUUGUUUUGAUUUUUGUUUUUCAAGACAGGGAUUCUCUAUGUAAUAGUCCUGGCUGUCCUGGAACUUGCUCUGUAGACAAGACUGGGUCUUCAAUUCACAGAGAUCCACCUGCCUCUGCCUCCCAAGUGCUGGGAUUAAAGGCGUGCACCACCACUGCCUGGCUAUUUUUUUAAGAUUUUUAUAACCAAAUAUAAUGUGAAACAUUAUCCAGAAGUAUUAGUUUUUAAUAUACUUAGUCUACAGUUCCAAAAGCUGGCAUUUUGAUAAUUAAAACUGGAAAGGCAUUCUUUCCUCAUAGAAAUUAGGCGAUGUCUUUUUUUCUCUUUGAAAUGACAUUACAAAGGUCUUCUUAUGUGAAGAUAUAUAAAGGGUAGUUGAUGUUUAUGAAUAGAAUGCAUUCUGUCUAGACAUUAGCUAAGAUUAAAUUCAAGAUAAAAUGAAUGUAUUUUAAUAUUGCCCAUCAAAAGUGUUGUAUUGGUUUCUACACAACUAUUGAUUUUGUUUGUUGUUUUUUGUUUAUUUUUUUCCAAGCAGGAUUUCUCUGUGUAACAGCUCUGACUGUCCUGGAACUUACUUUGUAGACCAGGCUGGCCUCAAAUUCACAGAGAUCCACCUACCUCUGCCUCCCAAGUGCUGGGAUUAAAGGCGUGUGCCACCACAGCUGGCCAAUAGCUAUUGGUUUUGAUAAUACAUUGUCACCAGCAGGUGUGAGGGACAUACUUCUGAAGAGAUCUGACCUUAUUGUAAAUAAAUAGCUCCUUUCUAAGUUCUCAAAAAUCAUCAGAAACAUGAGGAAAAUGAGAUAAACUUGAGAAUACCAAGUACAAAAAGUUCACCUAAAUAGAACCAUAAUAUCUGGAACCAGAUAGGUUCAUCGUACAAUCACAAUUCGAAUAGAAAAUGAAGGGUAAUUUUAAGUUCACUGGAAGAAAUUGUAUUUGUCAUAGUUUCCAUUUUCUAAUUACUAUUUUGAAUUACAAAUGGUCAGGUAGAUUUUAUAAAAUGUACAUCCUACCAUGAGAUUUAGCACUGGGUAUACAUAUUUAUUAUAGUUUUAUUAUAAUUUUCACAGAAUUGCCUAUGAUCACCUACUGACUUUGAAGGAUUAAAACAAUCCCCAAUUAUAAACACCUAAUAUGGAUAUAAAACGCUCUGCCUUUCUAGUUUAUUAGUCUGUAAUACAAUCUUAUUCAAGUACUAGUAAUUUAACUUCAUCAUGAAACAGAAUUUAAAUUAUAUCCCAUUAUAGUGUUAUGAUAAAUGUAUUGUCAAUGAGAAAUAACAGUCAUACCUGGGUAUUGAACCCUUGUGUGUGUGUGUGUGUGUGUGUGUAUAAAUACACACACACACACACACACACAUAAUAUAUCUAUAGCUGCAAUUCUUACUGAGCAAUAAUGAUCUUGUACUACCCUGCUAUCUCACAUACACACAAAAAAAAUAUGGUACCAGAGAAAAAAUUCACUUACUACUAUAUUUUUCUCCUUCUUGGGGCCUUGGGAGAAGACUAGAAAUUUAUUUUUCCCUAUUCAGAGGCUUUUCAAAACUUGAGAUAAAUGCCAUAUAUGAUCAGUAACUGGCCAAGAAAGUGCUCCAGUAUUCUAAGAAAAACUCCUAUAGCACGUAAAGAACAAAGGUCAUUGAGAUCAUUACCUAAAAAAGCCUCCCUUUUCCACUUUCUUUUAAGUACAAGGGAAGCAAGCUAUAGGUACCAUAACUGAUAAGCAGAGGUCACUUAAGAGUCUACUGCAUCUUUUCUGUAAGACUGUGAUUAAGAAUUCUACCUCUUAGAUACAGCCAAUACUGUACUGUACUCCUAAUUCCUUACCUAACACUGUAUUUGUUACAUCAUCUUGUAUGUAUGUAAUUUGUGCCACUGAUUUUUAAAUAUAUAAUUCAGUUACUUCCCCUGCCAUUUAAAAUGGUAGCAGUAUCUUUAUUGGAAAAAAAAACUUAGGAAUGUUAAAGAUUUUAUUUUUAUAGACAAAAGUAAAAAGAGAUAUUAAGAACCAUGUUGCCUGUAUUAAUCAUAAAAAAGUAAAACUGUAAACAAAAAACAAAGUGUCUAUUUUUUAAAUGUGUAUUAUCUGCUUCAUAUGAGUCUUUUGAUGUUACUUUCUCAAUUCUGCUAAAAUCAAGUAAGCCUUCACUUGAUCUGAUUUUUAUCUUGUUCUUAAUUGUAUAAAUUACUACAGUAGUUUAACAGAAAUGUAGAGAUAAUCAUUCUGAGUUGCAUUUGGAUUAUGUGCUCUUUUACAAGAAGGUCAAUUAACAAAAGGUAAGUGUUUGGAAACAUUGUUGAAAUAAAUUAUAAAUCAAAAUAUACUUAGGUAUAUUUACAUCUUAAAAUUAACAAAAACCAUGUCCCUGUAACUUUGUACCUCCAGUGAAAGUUCUUUAUCAAAUUUUUAAAACAAAUUAAAUUGGCAUGUAAUUUUUUUUCUGAUGGAGUAUAAUAAUGCAGUGUUGUUUAAAUUAUGCUAUAUUUGUGUCAUCUUAAAUGAGCAAGAGACUAUGUAUCCGGGGUUCUUUACAGCUAAUAAAAGUUACUGUCAGAGAAAUUUUA